CCGACCCGGUUUAGCAGCAAGAAGGCAGUGGUGGCUUGCUUCCCAAGAAGGCACUGGAAUAAAUAGAGAAAACAUCGUUAACCAACAACAGGCUAACGCAAAACAAGAAGAGAUCUAUCAUCCAUCCGUUAAACUGAAUCGAAGAUGUUUCUAACCAGGACCGAGUAUGACAGGGGUGUAAACACCUUCUCUCCGGAAGGGCGGUUGUUUCAGGUUGAAUAUGCCAUUGAGGCCAUUAAGUUGGGUUCCACAGCUAUUGGGCUGAAGACCAAGGAAGGGGUUGUUCUUGCUGUUGAAAAGCGUAUUACCUCCCCACUCUUGGAACCUAGUAGUGUUGAGAAAAUUAUGGAAAUCGAUGAACACAUUGGCUGUGCCAUGAGUGGAUUAAUUGCAGAUGCCCGAACACUAGUUGAACAUGCACGGGUUGAGACUCAGAAUCAUAGGUUUUCCUAUGGUGAGCCGAUGACUGUUGAGUCAACCACCCAAGCUCUGUGUGAUCUGGCACUGCGAUUUGGUGAAGGAGAUGAAGAAUCCAUGUCUCGACCUUUUGGAGUAUCUCUUCUUAUUGCAGGCCAUGAUGAAAAUGGUCCCAGUUUAUACUAUACGGAUCCAUCAGGCACAUUCUGGCAAUGUAAUGCAAAAGCUAUAGGGUCAGGGUCUGAAGGUGCUGACAGCUCUCUGCAGGAGCAAUUUAACAAGGACUUGAGUCUAAAAGAAGCUGAAACAAUUGCUCUUUCCAUCUUGAAGCAAGUGAUGGAAGAAAAGGUAACUCCUAAUAACGUGGAUAUUGCAAAGGUGGCUCCUACUUAUCACUUGUACACCCCGGCUGAGGUUGAAGCUGUUAUCAGUCGUUUAUAGACUAGAGUCUGAUAUGGCUUAAUAAAAUUUGUAUUUGAAACUGUUGAGAUUUUUUAUUCUGUUACCCUUCAGGUAUGGCAUUUGAACACAGGAUCUUUGGGGUUGUGUUGUUCAUCUGUUUUAUGUUUUCUUGUAAUGUUUGACAUCAGACUUGUCACUAUCGGUGUUCAGGAUUUUGUUUGUUUAAACUGCUCAA